CAGGACUCCGACGAGAGCUCUAUGCUGCGUCGAAACUCGACUGAUUGGGAAUCGCAGAUUGCUGAUGCCGAGCGGCUUCUCGAGCAUCGACAGGCGUCUGUGCCUCCUCCACCUCCCCACUUGGACUUAAAAACAUCAUCAUGGCGACUCCAGUGCUGCUUGUCAUGAUGGGAACUUCAGGGUGUGGCAAGACCACUAUCUCGUCUAUCCUCGCCUCGAAGCUCGGCAUACCCUUCAUCGACGGUGAUGAUCUCCAUCCCCGUGCGAACGUGCAGAAAAUGUCCGAAGGGCAUCCUUUGGACGACCGAGAUCGAGAGCCCUGGCUAAAGACUAUCCGCGAAAGGGCCAUCGAGUUGACCUCCAGCAGCAAACCAGACCUUUCAAAUGUCCACAAUGAUCCCACGCAGACCGCUCAGCAUAUGGCAGAGGUGCUAGAAACUUCCCAACCAACACGCCAGCGCGAAGCGGGCACCGCAGAGCCAGAUGUUGAAGAUCAAGGUGAAAGCGGCCCUGUCAAACCUGUCGUAGCUACGGAACCACGUCGGGCUUGCAUCAUUGCGUGCUCUGCACUGAAGAGAGCUUACCGCAACCUCCUCCGAGGCGAAACCGACAGCCUCUUUCACAACGAUUCGGAAGACUCGCGAGCGCCCAACGCAAAGUCGGACAUAGACACCCACCACAUAUAUCUGCACGUCGCGCCGGAUGAAUUGCUGCGAAGAAUGCACAAUCGCAAAGGGCAUUUCAUGAAGGAGCAAAUGCUAAGAAGCCAGCUAGAAACUCUAGAAGAACCCGAUCCACACUCUGAGUACGGAGUAAUCGUUGUUGAAGCUGCCAGAGCGCCAGGUCUCGUGGUAGCUUCGCUCGUGCAGCAGAUCAAUGAGAUGGUCGGUCCAGUCUGUGGCCCCCCAGCGUGAACAUUCCUAUCCCGAUUGGAGUUACUGUAGCAUAAA